CUCCUGAGAAAGGUUAGGGCACACGGGAUAGAUGGGAAGGUGUUAGGCUGGAUAGGGUCAUGGCUUGGUAACAGGCGACAGAGAGUGGUAAUAAACGGCUCGAAAUCCGAGUGGGGUUAUGCAAUUAGUGGGGUGCCACAGGGAUCAGUAUUAGGACCAUUGUUAUUUCUAAUAUAUAUCAAUGACUUGGAUAGUGGAAUUAGUAGUGAUGUUAGUAAAUUUGCGGAUGACACAAAGAUAGGUAGAUUAAUUAGGUCAGAAUCGGAUGCCAUCGCCUUGCAGGCAGACUUAGAAUGAAUGAAUGGACGGAUAGAUGGCAAAUGCGAUUUAAUAUCAAUAAAUGCAAAGUGCUUAGCGUAGGUAGAGGAAACCCACACAAUAGGUACACAUUAAACAACCAAACUCUGGUAGGUACAGGGUACGAGAAAGAUUUAGGAGUUAUAGUUAGCUCUGAACUCCGUCUAGGGAAACAAUGCAUAGAAGCCAGAAACAAGGCAAAUAGGGUACUAGGUUUAAUUUUUAGGAGUGUUAAAAGUAGAAGGCCGGAAGUAAUAUUAAAGUUAUACUUGGCGCUGGUCAGACCUCAUCUAGACUACGAUGUGCAGUUCUGGUCCCCACAUUACAGGAAAGAUAUAGGUCUAUUAGAAUCAGUACAGAGGAGAAUGACUAAAAGGAUACAGGGCAUGAGGAGUAUUCCUUACGAGGCGAGGUUGAAGCUGUUAAAUUUACAUUCUCUAGAGAGACGUAGGUUAAGAGGGGACCUGAUAGAAGUCUUUAAGUGGUAUAAGGGUUAUAACAAGGGGGAUGUAAGCAAAAUUCUUAGGAUCAGCAACCAGGGUAGAACAAGAAAUAACGGGUUCAAGCUUAAAAAAAUUAGGUUUAGGAAGGAGAUAGGAAAAAAUUGGUUCUCAAAUAGAGUGGUAGAUGAGUGGAACGGACUCAGUAAUCAUGUAGCUAGUGCUAGGACACUAGAGAGCUUUAAGAGAAGAUUACACAAGUUUAUGGAUGGGGAUAACAGAUGGAAAUAGGUAAGUGUGUUUCAUACAGGGACUGCUACGUGUAAGCCUGGUCGUUUCUUGCAGCCUCCCUUAUUUCUUAUGUUCUUAUGUAAUACUACGUCAUUUUGAUUAAUGAACAGGUUAGCUAGCAGUGGUCAGGAGUCGAGUAGGUUUCAAGUUUCUUUGCCCGGGUGCGCGAGACAUCGAGACGCGCGCAGACUCGCAGCAAAGCGAGGCUUAGUGAACACCCGCACAGCCACCCGCCCUCACUUGACAGACGGCUCUCUCCCAGCACUGCAAACACAGUGUACGGCGGUCCUUGCAGCAGAAGCAGAAGGGAAAGGAGCGGCGGCAGCGCUUCUGCUCCUCCUGAAGACGCCGUUAGCAGAAGGGUGACCGUGAUUAAUGGUGGCAGUGGUGGUGGCGGCGAGUGACUGAUGUACGAGUUAAUUAAGAGCCGUGCUAGUGGUGGUUACUUGCCGGAGUUGCAUCUUUAAUGGCUGGCUGGCUGGCCUUCUCUAGUUCGGCACGUCUUGAUUCAAGGAAGGUGAGAGUGUGGCGGCGGUUGGUUGGUGGGUCGUGGAAGAAAAGGAUGAACGCUGGCUCUCCCCGACUCUCUCCUCCAGUAAAGCUCCCGAUCAUCCUCUGCUGCUGAAAGGGGAGCGAGUCUGCCAGGAAUGUGAUAUUAUUAGACCCACCACCACCACCACCAUUACUACUACUACUGUUAACUACUACUAUUACCGCUACUACCACUACCACCUCAACUACUACUACUACUACUACUACUACUACUACUACUACUACUACUACUACUACUACUACUACUACUAUGCAAUGGAAGUCAAUAACAUUUAACCUUUAUAUCUGACCAGUGUGUGUGUCUGUGUGUGUGUGUGUGUGUGUGUGUGUGUGUGUGUGUGUGUGUGACAUCUAUCUCUAGUGAAACCGUUCAUAAAAACAGUAAAAAGUAUACGAAUAUAAAUUAUAACAGGCAUAUAAAUCUGAAUUGUGUCUAUAACCAAGUAUUUCACAUAUGCAACUGUAUAUAGAAAUUAAUCAUAUUCCCAUCCGUUCCAUCCGUAUUCCAGUGCAAUUCGUUCCAUGCAAUCGUGCCCUGUUUCCAUGUAGUUAUCCGCAAUUCCAGAAUUCCACAAAUUAUCGGGAAUCGAAUACUAGAGGCACAGAUUCCCUUUGCGUAUCCAACAUUCACAUUCAUGUAUUAGGCAACCUAACUAGCGAUGUACACUUCUAUAUUCCUGCUGAUUAUUCGACUUCCUCUUCUAAGGCAAGGAGGAAGAGAGAGAGAGAGGAUAAGGAGGAUGAGGAGUAAGAGGAAAAGAGUUUAAUAAUAGAAUAGGAUAGAAAAGAAGCGAACUUGUAGAGACUGGCAAGAGGUGGAGGGAAAAGAAAGAGGAUGAGGAUGAAGAGGAGUAAAAGGAAGAGACUUUCAUAAUACUAAAGAAGAGAAAACACGUAGAAUUGUAUAGACUAAGAAUAUCAAUGGGACUUUUUUUCCAUUUCCUUCCCCUUGGCCAUAAAAAUUUAUAAAAGAAGCAAAAAAUGGAAAAGCAAGGUGUAAAAGUACCUGGUGAAUUAAUUGGCGCUUGUUGAAUGCGUAAAGUGGACUAAGAGAGAAGCAAUCUUUAACGUGGCGAGGGAGAGAGAGAAUUGGAAUGUUUGGACCGGGAAGGGAGAGAGAAAGAGUGAAAAUGAGAGGCUGGUUACCAAAGUGAGAGGGUCUAAGGGGAAGCUGAGGCGGGCAGGGAGGAGAGAUGGGAGCAGAGAAAGGGAGAAAAGGGAGAGGGAGUGUGUUUGAACUUAGAAAAAACACUAUUUGAUGCAUUCUUUUCGAGCACAAAAGGAGACAGACUGGAAGGAAGGAAGGAAGGAAGGAAGGAUGGAUGAAUAUAAGGAGGGGCUGACUGGAAGGAAGGAAGGAAGGAAGAAAGGAUGGAUGAAUAUAAGGAGGGGCUGAAGUUCUCUCUCUCUCUCUCUCUCUCUCUCUCUCUCUCUCUCUCUCUCUCUCUCUCUCUCUCUCUCUCUCUCUCUCUCUCUCUCUCUCUCUCUCUCUCUCUCUCUCUCUCUCUCUCUCUCACACACACAUCAUUAUAAUCUUUUUCUCUUUUUCACUCCAUGUACUUCUCCCUUCUUCCUCUCAUCCUCUCCCUUUCUCCCUUCCUCAUUCCUUCUCCAAUUCCCUCAUUCCUCCUCCUGUUUCCUUUUCCUAUUCUAUUUUUUCAGAGUUUUUCCGAGCACUGAUCAGAUAUUGGUGAGAGAAACUUGAAUAAUUCCUCAACGCGUGUGUGUCUGUGUGUGUGUGUGUGUGUGUGUGUGUGUGUCUACGUCCACUCAGAGGUCAAGCAUACGCAGCUCACUGGCCCUUCCUUCCGCCUCCAUCUUUCACUUUGUCCUCCAAAACCGUGGGGAGGGUACAGUGUCGCCCCACACACUCGCCACUCACUUUUCCUGCCUUUCUUACACUCUCCGGCGCCAGCAAGGCCUAGUACCUUUAUAUAUAUAUACCCAUUGGCAAGUAAGUAACACAGCAGAUGUGGCGGCGUUUCAUUUAGCCAGUGUUGGUCUCCGUGAUAGAACAUAAACAGCGGGGCCAGGAGGAUUUAAACCACGGCCAAACUUUUUAAUUCAAGCCACACAAAGUAAAGAGCGCCGGCAAAAUAAAACAAAAAUAUCAAAAACGAAAGAAAAAAAAGAGUAAUAUCGCCUCUAAACACACACACACACACACACACACACAGGGGGAAAAAAAAUGACACGUUUCGGAAAUAACUUGUAUCAUAAGUAGAGAACGUGCAUCCCGUUAAGCAGCCGCGCAUUGCAAGGCCACGAGAGUACGUGGUAUGAUCGCAAGUGACACGUCCGGAAAUCAGCGUUUAAUUGCGUGUGUCUUAAUAGAAAAAAAUAGCUGAUUUCCAAAUUAUACAUCAAAGUAUGACCUCGUCUAGUUCAGGAGAGUCCUUCGUAUAAAUGCACUGGUGUGUGUAUGUGUAUGUGAAUGUUAUUGCUAGUUAUCUCUCUCUCUCUCUCUCUCUCUCUCUCUCUCUCUCUCUCUCUCUCUCUCUCUCUCUCUCUCUCUCUCUCUCUCUCUCUCUCUCUCUCUCUCUGUCAGUAGUUGCACAGGUCUUCAAGGGUAUUUUUACGGUUUUAGUGACAGAUUAACAACAUUUCUACAUUAAUAACAGGAGAAACACCAUUGAAAACCCUGAUAAUCAUCUUUAUAGCUUUGAAAAACAGUCGUGAGGAGAGAGAGAGAGAGAGAGAGAGAGAGAGAGAGAGAGAGAGAGAGAGAGAGAGUAGGAGCAUUUCAGUUGAGCCUAUUCUGCCCUGGUUCGUGUUUGCUGCGGUGACACGGUGCCGCACUGAGUUGAAGAUUGCGUUCAUAAUCACUUAUCGGGGGUGGAGUGGGGAAAGGAGAGUCAGGCUGAACAUCUGAGAGAGUUGGUAAAGAAAAUGUUCCCAAAGUGUGAGGUUGCCCAGAAAAUGUCUAUGAAAAAGACAAAAGCAUCGACAAGAAGUUCCCUGCUUUGAAUGGAAACCAUCAAAAGAUCUCAUAAGUGACAUGAAAAAUGGCAAAAUUCGUCAGCGAUAUGGGACCAAGUGUAGCAGCAGCCAACAGGCAACUCUGUAUCCUGCUGAUGACACGGAGGUUGCCAGUGGUAGCGAGGAAGGAACACAAGUUUAUGUACAAUAAUAUUCUGCUGUAUGAAAGUGGCAACACUGGUGACAGGUGGCGCUGGGGAGUUACCACGGCGAGCGGCUGGCUGGCUGCAGUGUUUUGGUCAGCACUGGUCAAUCUUGCCCUACACGCUCUAUUAACCAGUGUUUCCGUCUUCCCGACACCUUCCUGCACCAAGCACCGUCAAGCAUCACCAGAGAGGCACGAGUACGUAAGGUGUGUGGGUGGGUGUUGGAUCAGUGACAAGUGGCGCUGGGGAGUUACCACGGCGAGCGGCUGGCUGGCUGCAGUGUUUUGGUCAGCAC